AUGAUGUCAGUGCCCUCCGACCUCAAGCCCAUCGCCAUGCCUGCCGGCGCAACCAUUCCCCCCGCUGCGACCGGGGCCCCCGCCUCGCCAGCGCCUGCGGCCGCUGCCCCCCCCAAGGGCCAGGCCGCCGCCGUGGUCGCGCCCAACGCCGCCGGCGUCGCGCGCUCGACCGACCCCUUCGGCAACCCCGUCAUCAACGCUGGCGGCACCAUGACGGCCGCAAAGGCUUGA